UUGUAUACACUCUUUAUUAUUCCUAGUGAACCCCCCUAACACUAACACAACACUAUUCAGAGAAGAAGAAAACAAGAAUGGCAGCAACAAUGUCCAGUGUUGUAGGCUUAGCUAACUCAUCUCUUUCUGGAUUUUCUUCUGCAAAGAAGACUAGCCUUUCCUCAGACUUCAUGAGAUCACCAGUGACAGCAAGAAACCCUUUGAGGGUAGCAAAAGCUUCAGGAGGCAGAGUUACAUGUUUCCAGAGGGACUGGCUAAGAAGAGACUUGAAUGUGAUUGGAUUUGGUUUGAUUGGAUGGUUGGCUCCUUCAAGUGUUCCAGCAAUCAAUGGAAAGAGUCUUACUGGUCUUUUCUUUGAAAGCAUUGGCACUGAACUCUCUCAUUUCCCCACUGGACCUGCUCUCACUUCGCAAUUCUGGCUAUGGUUGGUGUGCUGGCACUUGGGGUUGUUCCUGUGCCUGACUUUUGGACAAAUUGGAUUCAAGGGACGGACUGAGGACUAUUUCUCUAAGUAGAGACAUUAUUUUCUUUUGAAAAUUUCAUGUAUAAAUUAUAAUCAAGCUACUGAAGUAUUUAUUUUUCUUUCAUUUAUGCAUUCCAAGAUUUUCAGUUUUA